AUGGAACGUUUACCACGAGGAAUCGACUCUAUUUUAUUGGGAACAGUUUACCAUCCUCCUCAGAGCGAUGACCAUGUUCUUCGAAUGCAUAUCUUCAAAUGUUUGGAUUCUUUACUUGCCACCUAUCCUAAUUCUGCCAUCUCGGUCCUUGGUGAUUUCAAUCAAUUCAAACCAGGUAAUCUCUGCAACUCUUUUAGAUUGAAGAAACUGGUUACCAAGUCCACCAGGGAAAGUAAUAUCCUUGACCAAGCUUUUUCAACUCUGUCAUCUUACUACGAUGCCAUCAUCCUGCCUCCUAUUGGUCAAUCCGAUUAUUCCAGUAUUAAGCUUACUACAACCUAUUUUGACACAUGCUCCAAAUCUACCAACCACACGAUUGCAAAAGCGUGA